AGUCCUCGUUUCCAGUCGAAAGCCUGUCCAGUGGAGACUUUUGGAGAGUAAAAAACUACAAUUCCCCAUAGAAAAGCAGCUUCGGCCUCCCAGCCUUCGCCACGCCCCCACAGCUGUAGUCAUUCUGUUGCCUUGGAGCGUGUUCAUUUGUUUGCUUCUAAUUACUACCUGUCAUCUGCGUGUUAGUGUCUCAGGGAAAUCCCCCCCAAGCGGACGUGAGUCCCAGGCGAUUACCUUUGUCUCUACUACCAAAACCACCGCGACAAGGGGCCAGAGCUGCCCCUAGUCGGGGACGGGGUCCCCGACCUAUACGCUUUAUGCCGCGUGACUCAGGCAGUACCUCGGCCACCCCAAUACGCGGGGGUCUUCCCGAGGCGGCGUUUCCACAGCAACAGACUGUAAACAAAGACCUUGUGAGGCUCCCGGAGCUGCGCGCUGCGGGCGAACGGUUGGCGCCCUAGGAGAGGGUCGGGCCUCCGAACUAUGGCUCUCCCUCGGCCGAGAGGCGAUAUUACCUUCUCCCCAGCAACAGUAAGGGAACAUCCUGCUUUUCCUCCAGUCAGAACAACACCCAGUCCCCUCCCAGACGCAAAAACUCUCCAUAAACGUAAGAUCUUUCAACACCGAAAAACCCCGCCACUUCAUUUUUCCGUGGGUGGCCGUCUGUCCUCAUGGCCUGCGUACGCCAGUGCACAAGCUAUCUUACAGAACCGCAAACCCUGCUCAACCACCGACAAAACGGGGGCCAGAGACAAGCCCACUCUCACCGUUGCAAAGCCCCGAUACCUGGAACAGUUGGAAGAUUACCUGAGAAAAGAGUUGCUUCUUCUGGACAUGACCAAGGACAAUGCUGAGGAGCUCAAACUCCAGCCUUACAGAGAGAUCUUUGAAUUCUUUAUAGAGGACUUCAAAACCUACAAACCCUUGUUGUCUUCCAUAAAGAAUGCAUAUGAAGUCGCACUGGCUCACUUUAGAGAGAAGAUUCGGUCUCUGGAGCCGCUGAAAGCCAUGCUAGUUACCGUUUCUGAAGACUGUAAUGAAAAAAUCCUGGCUAUCAGGGCAGAAGAGAGAUAUGAAAUCAAAAUGUUAAAGAAAGAGAAACUUAAUUUAUUAAAGCUCAUUGACAAAAAGAAUGAAGAGAAGAUGUCUCUGCAGACUCAGGUGACCAACCUACGGAAAAACUUGGCAGAGGAAUAUCUUCAUUUCCUUAAUGAACGAGAUGCCCGAAAGAUCCUUAUUGCGGAUCUUAAUGAGCUUCGCUAUCAGAGAGAAGACAUGUCUCUUGCCCAGUCUCCAGAUGUGUGCAGAGAAGAUCCUGUAAAGUUAACCCUCGCUUUAAAGAUGUGUCGUCAAGACCUCACCAGAACUCAGAAGGAACUGAAUACGAUGAAGGCAAAUUUUGGGGAUGUUGUCCCCAGAAGGGACUUUGAAAUGCAGGAGAAAAAAAACAAGGCAUUAUUGGAAAUGACGGAGAGUUUAAAAACUGACUAUGAAGAGAUACGAAAAGAGUACGACACGCUGCUACAGAUUCAUAUGACGAUUGUCAAAGAUAGGGAUGAAUUCUACACUGAGUUGCAGGAGAUACAACGAACAUCCACUCCCAGGCCUGAUUGGACCAAGUGUGAAGGUGUGAUAUCAGGGGGACAAGAACGCUGGCGCUUUUUGUCUCAAGGGAAAAGCAGCGACCAGCUUGUUGAUGUGCUGCUAGAAGAGAUUGGUGCAGGACUUCUCCGAGAAAGAGAAACCUUUCAGGGCCUGGGCAUCGCUGAAGACAUACCCGAGUUCCUUCGGACUGAAGGGUUUAUCCGAAACAAAAAGUUAAGCAAAAAGGAAGUGGUGGACAUCAUCAAAGAUGUCUGGAAAGAGCGGAUGGCCGAAGAACAGAAAGAGAAAACUUCUACCUUGGGCCAGUUUUUCCUCAACUACCUGCAAAAACGCUUUGGGGAGGCCUCUGCCAUGGACUGGUCCUACACCAUUUUUGAAAACGUCAGACUCUUUCACUCCAAUGAGGUCAUGAAACAGUUCCAUGAUAUCUUGACAGGACUGGUAAAAGAAAACGUAUUCCUUGACCAGAAAGAGCUCGAAUCUUAUCUGCUGAAGGAGUUGACUACCGCUGACAACCAGAAUGAAGGAAGCCUCACCCUAGAUCAGUUCAGCACAGUACUCAAGACCGCCUUUCCCCUCAAGACAGAGGAACAGAUUCAGGAGUUGUUGGAUGUGGCCAAGGAUCCAUUAGAGGAGCUUGAUAUCAUUUACUACCGAAUCUUGUUUGCUGAGGAUGAAAUGGGUGUUUCAGGGCCCUUUGUCCAUAAACUGUGGAGUCAGGCCCAAAGUGAGAAGCAGGCCUAUCUACUGGACUUGGAGACAGAACUUGGAGCUAACAAGAUGGCCGAAAUAACCCCAGGACAGCUGCGCCAGGCCCUGACUUCCAUUGACCCCUCUCUGGAUGAGCAAACCCUGGACAACUACGUGAGCCAGGCCUUCAACACCCCUAUAGCAGAACUGGAUGCAAACACCCUCGAGGAAGUAGAGGUCCUGCUAGCCCACUUACAAACUGGUAAUAUCAAGAGGAUGGGCCCUCGAGAGCUUGAGCCUAGUUCCUAGACUGUCUUCUAGCCAACCAAAUGAAAACUCCCACCUUUAUCCAAGGAAAGAGGGGCAGAGAUCAAAAGCCACUCCAAACCAAAGCCUUCUUCCCUUCCUCCACCCCCAUUACAAAAGCAAAGAUUCUUUAAUUUUGGAAACAAAUAUAUCAUUUGUAAGAAUUUGAGUUGUCUGCAUGGUGUGCAGAGGGAGAAAAGGAGAAAGAAAUAAGGAUGACUUCAAGGAAAACUGAGUACCAAAGUGGGAAUCAGUAAGAAAACCUGGAGACCUGGAUUUGAAUCUUGGUUCAGGUCAACAAUCCAACAAGCACUUUCUUCCUAUGGGCCAUGGGCUAGGCCCUGGCUGGAGAGACAGGGACAAAACUCACAGUCCCCACCCUCAUAGUCCUCAGCUUAUUAGGGAAUACACUAUGUAUAAAUAGAAGAAUGUUGGAGCAAAAAAAAAAAAAAAGG